UUUACCAUUAAGCAGGAUGAUGAUUAACUCCACACAGGUUUUGUUUUUCACACUAACUGCUUACUUUCACUCUGAUGUUCUGAACUAUUUGUAUUUCAGUGUUGUUUUGUGUCUGUAUGUCCUGAUUGUUGGCUCCAACGUCCUGCUGAUCGUGGUGAUCUGUGUGAACCGGACCUUACAUGAACCCAUGUACAUGUUCCUCUGCAGCCUGUUUGUGAACGAACUGUUCGGCAGUUUAGGUUUGUUUCCCUUCCUGCUGGUCCAGAUCCUCUCCGAUGUUCACAUCAUUUCUGCUCCGCUCUGCUUCCUGCAGAUCUACUGUGUUUACACCUACGCUCACAUCGAGUUCUGCAACCUGGCCAUCAUGUCGUAUGACCGAUACCUGGCCAUCUGCCGCCCCCUGCAGUACCACACCCUGAUGACGCCGUCCCGGAUCGCCAGGCUGGUCGCGCUCACCUGGCUCUUCCCUCUCCUUGAGUCUGUAGCAGGAAUAUUAAUGACCGUCUCUCUGCAGCUCUGCGGAAACGUCAUCCAUAAAAUCUACUGUCACAACUACUCCAUCGUUAAGCUGGCCUGCGCAGACACCACAGCCAGCAACGUUGGAGGAAUAGUUUACAUGUUCACCAUAAUCCUGGGGAUUAUCAUCUUAAUCCUUUAUUCAUAUGCUGAGAUCCUGAAAGUGUGUUUCUCUGGAUCCAAGCAGACCCGGCAGAAAGCGCUCAGCACCUGCGCGCCUCACCUGGCCUCGCUCAUUAACUUCUCCUUCGGAUGUUUCUUUGACCUGUUUCAGAGCAGGUUCGACGUGAGAGGAGUUCCUGAGGUGCUGCAGGUCGUUUUAUCGCUGUACUUCCUGACCUGCCAGCCGCUCUUCAACCCUCUGCUGUACGGACUCAACCUGUCAAAGAUCCGCAGCUUCAGCAAACGGCUGGUUCUGGGGACGAGCUGAGCUUCCUGCUCUGCAAAAACACAAAACCUUACCAAAUGUUUCAUAAUGUUUCAUGCAAAUGUAUUCAUGACCCUGAAAUUAGAUCUGAAGUUCGAUCUGUCAUGAUUACAGAUUUAGCUGGACGAUAAAUUGCCCCAGAAGUUAUUGCAAUAAAUGAUAAUAUUGUUGCUUUAAAACCAUUUCCAAGUAAUAAGAUGCUAAUUGCAUUCUCAAAGAUAAUUAACUUUAAAUUCCAAUGAACAUGUAACACUGGAAAUAAAAAUAUUAAAAAUAUCCAAAAUAAAUAAACAAAACAGCAGAAACAACAAAUAAAAUGAAUCAUAAAGUCUUUGUAAAAUCUGUCCUUUAACAAAUCAGUUAGCUGAGACCAAAGCAUCAGACUGAAGACUUUUAUCAUCCCGAUUUUGGAAAAACAAUAAAUUAUGUUUAUUGUGCAAGUUGGAAUAAGAGAAAACUAACUUACAAGUAACUUUUCAGCAGGAAAUAGGAGCUUCUUUUAGGUCAAUAAUUCAUUAAUAUUAAUAUUAUAAAAUUAUUGGUUCCACUGUUACAUUAUUUCACUUCUGUCAAGUGACAUUUUCCCAUAAAAUGAAAUAAUCUGCCAGUGGAUCUAGUGCUGUUUUAAAUGUCAACUUUAAGGAAUUACUGACUUAAAACAAACUCCUGUAUGUAGCUUAAAAGUUAUUUUUAAGUUAUUUUUUUCUUAUUUCAGGUGAACUAAGACUUUUGCCCUGGAAGCUAAAAUGCUUGGUAAUAUUUUGUGUUUUUUGCAGAUGGAUUCUUUGAACAAGUGUUUCACAAACUAAAGCUGCUUUUACCGUCUGUCAGUUGUAAUAAACUUUGAGUUUAUGUCUAUUUUAUUGACCUGGUUUCGUGUUUUUCUGCUGUUUCUGUCAUGAAGUCAUGAAGAUUUCACGGCAGCUGAAAUAUGGUUUCAUUCCACUUCCUGAUGUUGCUCUUUAUGUCAGCGGCUCCUAAACACUACCAUUAAAACCCAGAAAAUAAAUGCUGCAAAAUCUGUGAAGAGA